CGUGUCACUUCUUCACUUCACAAUCUUCUUCAGCUGCAAAUGCUGCAAUAUUACUAAAUUAAAAAUAGUAGGAAAAAAAUGAUAUUUUAAAUUUAGAAACCCAAUUUCGCUGAAAAAAUAAAUUUAUCAUGGGUUUAUGUAAGUGUCCGCACAGGAAAGUGACAAAUAUUUUCUGUUUCGAGCAUCGUGUUAAUGUUUGCGAGCAUUGUUUGAUGCAAAACCAUCCAAAAUGCGUUGUUGACACGUAUCGAAAUUGGAUUACUGAUUCAGUCUUCUCUGCAAAUUGUGGAAUUUGUGACCAAGAACUUGCUUCUGGCGACACGGUCAGACUUUUGUGUCUGCAUAUUGUGCACUGGAACUGUUUGGAUGGAUGGGCAAGACAGAUGUCCCCUAAAACGGCCCCAGCAGGUUACAGUUGCCCAAUUUGUAGGAAAAUGUGCAUUUUCCCAGCCCAUAACCAAAUUUCUCCCAUUGCGGAUGAACUAAAGAAGAGAAUGUCUCAAGUAAAUUGGGCCAGGGCAGGAUUGGGAUUAUCUUUGUUGGAUAACGAUCCUCCACCUGCUGCUCCUAGUCUUGAUGGUGCUAUGUUUAAUAGACUCAAUGGGAACGGGACUGCUAAUUGGGAACAUAAUUUAGACUUUGAUCGAGACAUGGAUGGGCGAAUGGAUGUGUCCGGAAGUGAAACGAGCUAUGAUAUGGGUCGAAUUGGGGGCCAACCCAAUUCAACUAAUGCCGAUCAUAAUGUUUCUCAUACGCAUUCCUAUAACCAGCAAUACAGCAAAAAUCCGUACGAGUUAUCAACGAUGUCGAAUUUGAUGCCGAAUUUGAGUGAUAGUUAUGGCUCGCCAAACUCCCAGCCUUACUUUCCGCAGGACCCCUCAGUUACUACAACAAGGAAAAGUGUAAAAUUUGAUCCGGAAAUUCCUCUAUUGUUAGACGAGGAAGAUAAAUAUCGUCGUCGGUCACCAUUUGAAUCAUUGUCACGAUGGCUGAGACAAGUUAAUCCUGCCAACAAACGUAAAAGUCGUCGUCGUACAGCACUAUAUGUGAUAGGUACUAUUGUUGGAAUGAUCAUCUUGUUGAUGCUUUUAUUCGGACGGAAUAGUUCCUCAGACGAGGACGACGCAUUUAACCUCCAUGCAAACCCUCACGUUUUAGUAGGAGAAGGAAAGGUUCCAUUAGGGCAUGAAUUUGAUCCUUAAUUUAAGUUUCGUGUUUUGUAAAUUAUACCACGUUUAAAUAUUGAACUGAAAUUUUAAAAUUGAAUCAUUGCUGCUAAUUCUGCUUGGCAAUUUAAAACAUCUACAUGCAUGUAUGCACAUAUUAUACCUUUAGUUGUCUCAUUUUGUAUGUGUACUUGCAGUAAUUUCCUCAGCGAUUCUCUGUCUCUUAUUUAAUAUUUGUAUGUAUCAAACCAUGUAAAAUAUUUAGUUAUUGCGAACUUAUCUAUUUAGAAUUACAUUUUCUCUAUUGAUUGCCUGUGUACAGCUCUGUUAAAAGCUAUCCAUUCCAACAAUUAGAAAUCUGGAACGCUUGCAAUCCUAUUUAACUUAGCUCAGUAUUUUCUCUAUAAAAUUAUUUUUCUCUAACGGGUACGAAUGAAUUCAACUACAAAAUUUCAUCUACGCAUGUAAUAAAUAAAUAAUAACCAUUAUCGAAAUACGUCUUUUAAUAAAAUGAUAACAAGUCACAUAAAGAA